UGGCGAAGGGUGUUUCCUGAAUUAUCACCCACGAUGGAGAGCGAAGGGUUGACACUGAAAGGGUCACGCCUACUCCUGCUACUGCUGGUGUCAAACCUACUCCUGUGCAAGAGUGUGGUCUCGCUGCCCGUCUGUCCCAGUGGGGCUGCCAACUGCCAAGUGUCCCUCCAAGACCUGUUUGACCGUGCAGUCAUCCUGUCGCACUACAUCCACAACCUCUCCUCGGAAAUGUUCAAUGAAUUUGAUACACGGUAUGCCCAGGGCAAGGGGUUCUUUUCCAAGACUAUCAACAGCUGCCACACUUCUUCCCUCCCUACCCCUGAUGACAAGGAGGAAGCCCAACAGACUAAACACGAAGACCUGCUGAACCUGGUACUCACUGUCUUGCGCUCCUGGAACGACCCACUGUAUCAUCUAGUCACAGAAAUGCGUGGUUUGCAAGAAGCCCCAGACACUAUCCUAUCAAGAGCCAUAGAGAUUGAGGAACAGAACAAACAGCUUCUAGAGGGCAUGGAGAAGAUUGUCGGCCAGGUUCAACCAGGAAUCAAAGAAAAUGAGGUCUAUUUUGUCUGGUCGGGACUUCCAUCGCUGCAGAUGGCUGAUGAAGACGCUCGCCUUUUUGCUUUUUAUAACUUGCUCCACUGCCUACGCAGGGAUUCAAAUAAGAUUGACAACUAUCUCAAGCUCCUGAAGUGCCGACUCAUCUACAACAACAACUGCUAAGCCCACAUCCAUUUCCUCUGUUUCUGAGAUGGUUCUUAAUGAUCCAUCCCAUAGCAGGCUUCUUUUAGUUUUAUAGCUGUUUAAUGCAUGCUUGGUGUAAUGGGUCUCAUCUUAAAAAAUAAAAGCUGACUCCUUAGAG